ACCAAUUAAAUAAACAAAUUGGGGGAGUGGGAUUAAACUUUACGUAUGAUUAUUUACAUGUUUACUUUUGUGAUGAAAGAUUGUGUACCAAGAAUGUGGGAGUUGCAUAGAUUGCAUAGACAACAGGCUUUUCAGUCAGUGACUGAUAUGUUUUUAGUUUGCACAGAUGAGAGCUGACACGAGACGUGGAAUAAAGGCAUUUUGAUUGAUUUAGAAUUGUCAUAUUAGAAUAUAGAUGGGUCGUGUCGUGAUGGGGACUCAAAGGCUUCUCUCUCUCAAAAGUAUCUAAUAGUACAGUACACACUGGCAUGAAGUUAAGUGGUGGAGAGAGGGGAAUAGGAUCGGGAAAGGUCCUUGAGUCAGAAUUCAAACUUAGGUCACUCAAAGUGCAACCGCACUACAUGUCUGAGCACUGCCCGGCUCUGAGCUAUCAGGCAGAAAAGUUACUGGCAGGCAUGUGUCAGAAUCCAGAUCAGUCCAUAGAUCAGUCCAUGGGCAACCAAAUCCCAAACAUUAGGUGAGAAUCAAGGUCAGACAGGGAGAGAGAUCAAACGAGGGGCAGACAGCACCAACAAGGGAAUCAGAAGGUCAUCAACAUAAGAGCAGUCCAAAACUGGUGGGUUCUAAAGGGAAACAGGUUACUGCAACACAAACUGGGCAAAAGAGAAAUAUGUGAGCAAAAGAAAAAAAACAGUUAAAGAAGAAAAGUUCAACACUGAAUUCACAGACUGGACCACUGCAUGUUACUUCUAAAAGUGCUUAAUCAAAAAUGUCUGUUUUAUUUUUUUAGAUGUUGAACCAGGAAACCAUGCUGUCUAGCUGUUCAAAUUAGAAACAACUUUUGGAGAGUUUGGCCAAAAAUGUCAUAGUGAAACAAAUAGAAGAUGGAAAUGAAGUUGACUGAUUCUAAUAUCUCUCUUUUCAUGCAGAGGAGAUCUCUAAGCACAAAGGUCCCCCAGUGUUCACCCAAGCUGAGAGAUAUAAGAUGGUGCGAGCAAUCAAGUGGGUGGAUGAGAUCGUGGAAGGAGCUCCAUACGUUACUACGCUUGAGACUCUGGACAAAUAUUGUUGCGAUUUCUGUGUUCAUGGAGAUGACAUCACUCUCACUGUGGAUGGGAAAGACACAUAUGAAGAAGUGAAGAAGUCGGGCAGGUACAGAGAGUGCAAGAGAACCCAAGGUGUGUCCACUACAGACCUGGUCGGCCGCAUGCUGCUUAUGACCAAAGCUCAUCACAGCAACAUGGGCAGUUCAGACUAUCAACAACACACAGACAACUUUGGAAGAGGGCCUAAAGGCCACAGUCCCUGGACAGGAGUGUCACAGUUCCUGCAGACAUCCCAAAAAAUCAUCCAGUUUGCCUCAGGAAAGGAACCACAGCCAGGAGACACCAUCAUCUAUGUGGCUGGAGCUUUUGACCUAUUUCGUAUCCUUACAUGCUUAGACAGUAAUUAGAGCACCCAAAAUUUCUUCUGU